CUCCUCCUCUGGAAGUGAAUAUCACUGAAAGGUCGGCACACUCCUUUGAAUGUCUCACAGAGGCAUAUCCAGCUGCGAGCUUUACUUGGACGAGAUCUGACCGGUCGUGGCCUCAGUCCGGGGUCCGAGUUGAUGGUUCAACGCUGCAGUUUCUGAGCAUCACCUCCGAGCUGAACGGCCUCUACCAGUGCGAGGCGUCGAACUCGUAUGGGAGUAAACGUGCUUACCUCCGUGUGCAUUUCACCUCAGGAUCCUGCACUGCCAGUUGGACCCUCUUUGUUCUUCUGCUCGUCCUCGUUGUUGCUGCUGUCUUGUGUUGCUUCUAUAAACGUAUGGAAAUUGCAAGAUUCAUACUACGGGAAGAAGGCGGCACACGAGGCAAGAGGCAAAAGGUUCCAACGACUUCCAGCUCACCUGAAGGCCAUGACAGAGUAGAAGAAGAUCGAAGGGGAAACAGAGGGAGAGCUUUGAAAUCAGUCGAAGCAACAGAAGAGGAUCACAGCUGGACUGAAGGUGAUUUGCAGACUUCCAACACUAUUCAUUCCUGACGCAGCCGUUAGUGAAAAUAGGCAGUAUUCCUGGUGCUUUACAUUUGGUUGAUGUCAUUGACAUUGGUUUUAAAAAUAGCCAAUUUCUCAAUUCAGAUAUUUAAAGUUAUUGUUCCAAAUAUUACAACUGAACAGCUAGUAGUAUUAUCAAAAAAAGAAUGUCAAAAAUGAACCUGAAGGUUAAGAGCUUUUCUGAA